UUUUCUCAACCUUUUUAACGAUCCUCCCAGACGGGAAUCCUUACUGCAUUCCCCCUUAUACGUAAAAUUUAUGGAUUGGUUUUGUGUUAAUUUGGUGUUGAUGGUAACCCACUAACUCAUUUGGUGGUUUGAUUUGGUUCACUUUCGUCUUUGCCGACGACUCUGAAUUAUCAGUGCCGUAUUAGCCGCGAAUUCCGCGGGCGAAUCCCUCACUUGUCUCAUAAUGCUCUAAAAUGCCACUUUCUUCAUCAUUUGAGAUUAUGUGAUGAUCAAUGAAAGUUGGUGCUCUCGUACUUCUGUAAUGAAUUUCAAAGACAUGAAUUUAAGUUGAUCCUUGGCUUCCUUUGAUUUCUGAUAUCCUUCAGUUCUUAAAUGCCGAAGUCAAAGAAAAUUGAAGGGCAGAGACUAGUGAUGAAGGAAAGAAUUGUAGGUGACAAUGAAAGUGAUGCCAUUGGGGGCAAAGAGAUUAGAAAUCUUGAUCAUGCGCUUUCCCAAUUUGUAUACGAGGGCGAUCAUGGUGAGGAAAAGGUCUUGAAGGAACCUGAGAUUGUGCGCAAAAGGAAUGGAAAGAGGAAGAAAGGAUAUGUGCAAGUACGAAAGGUUUCACCGUAUUUUCAAGGCAACUGUGAAAGGCAGCUCAAGUCAAUUACGCAAGUUGUGUACAAAGGUUGUAGUAAUGAAAAGCUUUUGAAGGAAGGGGAAAACUUUAGCAAACAGAAUAGAAAGCAGAGGAGAAUGGAUGCGGAAGUUGUAAAGGUCUCUCCUUAUUUCCAGUCAAGUGAAGAAAAGCAAAAGAAGACGAGUGAGAAUCAGAAAAUAAAACCCAGAGUGUUGAAACAGUCCCCCUAUUUUCAGAAGAACAAUGAAAGCUUGAGAAAACCAAGGAAGACGGAUGAAGUUAAACCUUUACUUUCUGCUUCUCAGAAGAGAGAUGAGGCUUACCAAAGAAAAACUGUCGAUAAUACAUGGAUCCCUCCUCGUUCUGAUGCUCCACUUCUCCAAGAGGAUCAUACACAUGACCCCUGGAGGGUCUUGGUUAUAUGUAUGCUUCUCAAUAGAACAACUGGGAACCAGACUAGAAAAGUAUUAUCUGAUUUCUUCACUGUGUGCCCUGAUGCAAAAACGGCCACUGAGGUUGCCACUGAGGAGAUAGAAAAGGCUAUAAAAACUCUUGGUCUUCAAAGAAAGCGGGCAGAGAUGAUACAACGAAUGUCUCAGGAAUAUUUAUGGAAGGAAUGGACUCAUGUGACUGAGCUGCACGGUGUCGGAAAGUAUGCUGCAGAUGCAUAUGCGAUAUUCUGUACUGGAAAAGGGGAUAGAGUAACGCCCACCGAUCAUAUGCUUAACCAUUAUUGGAACUUUCUCUAUGGACCCAAGAAUACUUCAAUAUAGAUAAGAUUAGAUGUUCUUUUCAAUGAAAAUAUUUAUAUGUGAUUAGGGUUUGAUAAAUUACUGAAGUUAUUGAAGCAAGAAAGGUGUUUCAAGCUAGCAUUACCAGCUUGGAGCUUUGCCAAGUACUUCAUGAAGUGCUUAUUUAGACUUUUUGUUUUUAGCUCAUCUCAUCGAAAUUUGACAUUUGAUUA